CCCCGCACCUGCAAACGACGCGAGAUAUGAUAAAAAUACGAUAGCUUUGUUAUGCAUCGUCCUGUUUGUAUCAUUUACGAGCGGUGCAUUAACCUCGGGACGUUUAGCCGUCGAUAUAAGCUCGGAGAUGUGGAUGAGGACGCGGGGCGAUGGCGGAGCGCUCGGUGCGGCUGCACCGACGCCGGGCGCGCGGGGGCCGUCUGCGUGACGUCACGCGCGUAAUUAUUCCAUUGAGCCGAGUGCGCGCGACCGCGCCCGACGGAGCCCGAGCGCGCCGCGCGCCGCCGCGCCGACCGAAGCCAACCAGUGUUACAUCUUUUCUAGUACGCGGCCGACAGCUUGCGAGCGCGCUCACAGCUACCCGCUCCGAAAAACAUUUUUUAUCGCGAUCGAAAGCGCCGUCCGAAGUACGAGCCCGCCGCCGUGAAGCCCGUGAAGCUCACCCGCGAACGCCCCUUUCUACGAUCCCGUUACCGUGCUGUGCAGUGUGUGUGAUCGUUUUCCAUUUCGACCUCGUUUAUGUGAGUGUGAUUUUGCUGGACGCGGGGCUCCGGCUUUCUAACGGGCGCAUAGGACGAGCGGCCGAAUCGAUGAGCGCCCGCGUUCAGCCACAAUGACAGCUCGCCCAUUGAUCGGGCUCAAUUCAUCCGAAUGGUGAUUGGAUGACGAUCUCCGCCCGCUCCCCCAGCAAGGAGCCGUCGCCACCGAAGCAGAUCAACUUCGCGGAGCCCCUCGUCGAGUCGGUGCGCGUGUACCUGGCCAAUGAGCUGCCGCCCAAGCAGCUAACGCUCGUACCGGCCGCGCCCGCGCCCGCCGCCGCGCCCGCGCCCGCCUGCGAUGUGGACAUAGCCUCGCACACCGCGCGCGAGGACAUCAAGGGCAUCAACUUCGAGCGGCUGAAGCGGAAUGACCUAAACAACAACGCGUCGCGGCAGCAGCAGCGCCCCGCCGAGAUGCCGAGCCAGGCCGAGCUCAUGCAGCGGCAGCCGCUGCUGGCGCGCGCCGCCAAGAAGGACGCGCCGCCGCCCGACGAGUCCGACCCCGACCAGGAGCACUCGCCGCAGCGCGCGCUGGCCGGCGACUUCGUCGUCGAGAUCCCGCCCGGCGCCGUGCGCGAGGAGCGCUACCCCAAGGAGAUCUGGAAGACCAUCGUCUCCUUCUUCUUCCUGUUCACGUGCGUGUGCGUCAACAUGAUGUCGCUGUCGCUCGUGCACGAGCGCCUGCCCGACCGGAACACGACGCAGCCGCUCAACGACAUCAUCCUGGACAACAUCGAGGCGAAGGACUGGGGCCUCGCCGUGUCCGAGUACCUGAUCAUGAUCUCGACGACCGUGGCCAUGCUGGUGGUCGUGUUCCACAAGCACCGCUUCAUCGUGGCGCGCCGCCUGUUCCUCAUCAUCGGCCUGCUGUACCUGUACCGCUCGGUCACCAUGUUCGUGACCGUCAUGCCGGUGUCCAGCAAGACGUACUACUGCAGCCCGAAGAGCAACAACACCACGCCGCUGCUGGUGAUCAAGAGGAUGUUCUACUUGAUAUCCGGCUUCGGGCUGUCGAUCAACGGGAAGCACACGUACUGCGGGGACUACAUAUACUCGGGGCACACGAUGGUGCUGGUGCUGAGCUACCUGAUCGUGGCGGAGUACUCGCCGCGCAAGCUGUGGCCCGUGCACUGGGCCAUGUGGGGCUCGGCGCUGCUGGGCGUGGGCUUCGUGCUGCUGGCGCACGGCCACUACACGGUGGACGUGGUGAUCGCGUACUACGUGACCACGCGGCUGUUCUGGACGUUCCACUCGCUGCUGGUGACGCCGCACCGCGCCGGCUCGGGCUACAACGUGUACAUGGUCCAGCGCGAGUGGUGGUACUGGCUGUUCGCGUACCUGGAGCGCAACGUGCGCGGGCCGGUGCCGCGGCGCUACGACUGGCCGCUGCCGUGGCCGCGCACCAAGCUGUUCAGCCGGCUCAGCUAGUGACGCGCGCGCGCGCCGGCGCCGGAGCGCGUGUGACGCUCACCUUCUGCGAGUGCCGCUUGAGCACCUGCAGCUCCUUGGGGCUGGUGCGCGUGCAGAUGGCCAGCGUGAGCGUGUACUCGAACUGGUGCACGACGAGGUUGAGGUACACCGUCUCCUCCCAGUCCACCUCGGGGUCGCCGAUGGGCAGCUUCUUCGAGUCCUUGCGGAACACGUCCACGUCCGUCUGCAACAAGGCGCCGGUCACCGACUGUGAUAGCUCGACGAGCGAGUGAGCGACUCGAUGCGAACGCUUCUACAUUCUGAUGAAGUCUAUGCUUUUAUUGUUGAAUAGAACUGUAAGGUUUCGUUUCGUUUAACAGAGAACAAUAAUCGAUCAAUUACUGUCAGCUGUUGAUAGAAUUUUUGUUUUUGUAAAUUGUAUAUUUUAUAAGUGGUUAUUGAACAAUGGAUUUCGAGUCUAAGAACAUACUAUUUAUUAGCAAAUAUACUGUGAUUAGUUUGUAUGCGGACUCGACGAGCGCACUAGUACAUAGUUGUUGUCGUACCAGCCUAUUGUAAGAAAUCGUAUUUUUAUAUUGUUUAAAAUAAAGUACAUACUGUUGUUAAUGCAAACUUUUUGUAUUACCAAAGAUUUGUCAAAAUAGAUUUUCGUAACACUCAUCCAAAUGGUGCUAAACUAGACAUUAAAUGAAAAUUCAUUCACUAAAAUUAAGUACUUACGCACCUGCGGUAAAUGCAUUCCUAGAGUCACAACGAGUGUAUAGGUUCGGGAACUUUUAGAAACGAGGAAAUGCACAAAUUCAAUAAAUCAAUCAGACAGGAAAGCGGCUGCACGCCGAUGACUUAAUAACGCAUAACAUAGCACACACGAAUAUAAAUAACAUACGGCCAAGUACUGGAGUAAUACAUUUUCCUAGUCUUUAAACUGAUAUAAUAUUAACGAUAACUUCGAAUAUAUUUGUAAUUGUAAUGUACCUAAUUAAAACUGAGAUUUUUCUAAACAUAUUUUCAAGAAACUAAUUUAACAGUCUAAAUUAAUAGUAGGUAUAGGUAUGAUAAUACUAUUACCUACUAGUAAUAAUCCCGAAGCUCUACUAUCGCAAAAAAUAUUAUAUCAAAUAGUACAUUAUGAGAAAAAGAUAAAGACGUAUUUAUCUUGAUCGAUAUUUAUUGCAUUGACGUGUCUCGAUAACUGUAUCUUAAUUCCUAGAUAGGUAGUACCAAAAACUUGAAUAUAAUGUAAUGAAAAUAUGAUGUCAUGACAAGACAAAUAAUAUCUCUCGUUGUAUAAAUAAGCAGUGUGCAGCGUGCAUCGCUCACCUCGUACUUGGGCAGGUAGCGCGAGGAGCCCUUGACGUGGCGCUUGCGCACGAAGAACAGCAGGUCGUCGCAGUCGAUGGCCUGCUCCUCCUGGAACAGGAAGUGCCGCACGAACAGGUCGGUCCAGUACGUCGUCCCCUGCAGCACCACGAACCCACUCUCUGAAACACGUUUAUCGUCAGCUCCUGCGUGACAAUUCCACUAAUCUACUAAGAAUCGAUCGUUACAAAUUUCAUUAUACUGCAUACAUACUCCCAAAUUAUGCUCGACUUAAUAUAUUUGUGUAAAUGUUACUUGGUAAAGAUUUCAUUAGUUUAUAUCUUAAUUAUGAAAUGUAAACUACUAAGUGCCUUUAUAAUGAGUGACACGAAGGGACUUGCGUUGGAUGAGCUGCCGGUGGGAUGCUUGUUGCUACAAAUUGUUAUCAAAUUGUCUAUUUAUUCGUGCAUAAUAUAAUAUAGCCAUUUUCUUCAUUAUUUUAUUUUGUGUAUAUGUAUGUAUAUAAAUUCGUGAACAAAAAUUACUUAUUUGAAAAUGAAUUCUUAGAUAACGCAAUAUUUACACACACUAUUAUUAUCUAAUGAGUUCAUUUUUAAUAAAAACAAAUUAAUUUUAAUAUAAUUUAGUAUUAAAUAAUUUAAUAUACUUUUAAAUACCUAGUUUAAAACUGUGUUUUGAAUAAUACUGAAUGAAAUAUGGAUGUUGGAAUUUGCACAUUGUUGAUAGAUAAACAUGAAUCCGAUGCGCAAAAUGGUUUUAUGUCUUCUGCUGCUUCACAAUGCAACCGUAUGUGAAUCUGAAUCUCAAGGUUACUACCAGCUGUAAAUUGGCUUAUUUGUGUACAUGCCUGUCUUAUCUCUAUAGACCGUUGCCUAAUACUUAUACAAUAGUAUUUUAUUUUUAUUUAAGUUAUUUAAACAUUUUACUGUGAGGCCUCUGACUCAGCAUACAUUAUAAUACCAUGGUUCAUCACUAACUAAAUUGCAUCUAAAGCAUAGUCCUUCUCCUGAAUGUGUCGUAAAUCAUGUAUUUUCUAUGUAUAGGACUUUUAUAUUUCAUAGAAGCAUUUAUAAUUUUGAUAUACUCAAGACUCCACUAGGCUUCCAGUAGCCAUUUUUUCUUAAUCUAAGGUGGUGAUCGGUAAUUUGUAAAAAAAAACUGCAUUAUUUUAAUAAUUUGUCAUGAAACUAUGACUGCCGGUCUGAGAUCGGAACUACAUGUACUUACAAUAGUUCCAAAGAAGUCAUAAUGUAAUUAACGAAUUGUGCUAAUUGCCAAAAAGAUAUCACAACGUCACAUGCCUGUGACAUUUUUCGACAUAAUAACAAAUGGAAAUCAGCAGAAGGCUGUUUUAAGUCUACCCAUUUAGAACUAGCUACCAUGUAGGUACUGGCUAACAUAUAAAUUCUAUAAAACCUUUUAAUCAAUUUUAUCGAAUAAAUUAAGAAUAAUUUUCAAUAAUAUAUUCUGUGGUUUACAUGUGUAGCCAUUUAUUGAUGAGUAGACUUAAAAUUAAAAAUACAUUAUAGAAAUAAUGUUAUUAUUGCUCAAAUGCUAAACUGAACUGUAAAACAACAAAAAACUUACAAAAUACAUGUGAAAUUAGUGAAAUGGUCACAGUGCCACCUUUUUAUUGGUAUGGUAAAUGCAAGUAUUUUAAGUUUUAUACAAUGGAAUUGAACUGAAGCAUAAUAAAUAAUAAUAAUCGUAUAAACCUUAGUUGACCUUCAGUAGAAUCGUGAUGUUUCUGCAAGCUUUACUAAGGAGUUUUAAUAUAAAGAUGUUCGGUUAGAGGCGCGUGAUAACUGUGCGAGGCUCCAAGAGUUCAAAUAAGUUAUAUUUGUGUUACAUUCCUAUUUCGUGCAUGUCCCGGUCCCCAGCCCGGCCUAUGCGGACACGCAACUAACUUGUUUAAACCAAUGCUGUUGUAAAUUAAACGUUAAUAAAUGUGUUUUUAAUAA